AUGGGCUCGCCCGCGCAGCCCCUCUCGCACAUGCGACUGCCCGCGGGCGUUGAAGCGCUGGACGUCGCUCUCCUGGCCGCCCGGGGCACGCCCUCAGGAGGGAUGCACGGCGCCCUACGCCCGUACAGCGUUGCUUACAGGCCCCAGGGGGUCCAUCUGCGGCGUCCUUCAGGGCUCGUUGGCGCAGGGCGGCGCGAUCGGCCCAUCGAUCGCGCAGGCUGCGUCGUUUCGCGCGGGCACCUGCAGCGCGGGGCCAGCGUGCCGCGCAGAGCGGAAGCGCCCGUGACCAGAGGCGUGCCGGCAGGCUACGACGCCGAUCCGGACGUGCUGGAGUACUUCGUCGACAGGGGCGUCGCGGGCCCCGCGACGCUGCGCGCGGAGGUGAGGGAGUUGCCCGGCGUCGGGCGGGGUCUUGUGGCCGUGGAAGACAUCGCGCCGGGCGAGCUGAUCUACUCCGUGCCGUACGAGCACGCCAUCGUCGUGGACGACCCGCCCCCGGACGAGUCGGACACGCACUGGGCUCAUAUUCUCGGCUUUGAGUUGUUACGACGCUUGCGGGCGGAUGUGGAGGCGGAGGGCGGGGCGGCCUCGAGCCCGUGGGCGCGCUCGCUGCCGCAGACGAUGGUGAUCCCGGGCGCAGCGUUCGGCGAGGUCGAGGACCUCCCCACGCCCGAGGGCGAGUUGCCAUGGCCACGCGCCUCGCACCUCGCGGACCCUGCUUUUCACGAAAAGCGCGGACCGGAGAAGCCUCUCGCCAGGGAGGGCGCCGACAUCCUCCGCCAGACCUCGCGCAUGGCAAAUGUGUCGCACUUCUCGGAUCUGACGCUCAUUAGCGACGCGCUGAUUUCGGGCGGGGUGCUGGACGAGCGAACUGUGUGGACGCUGACGGGCGUUCUGAACCCCGAGCCCGUGCUCGGGUGGGCGGUCGCGCUGGCGCUGAGCCGCGCGUUCGUCCCGCCGAGCGACGUGCCGCGGCACGUCAUUCUGCCUGGUAUCGACAUGGCCAACCACGCCCGCGAUGCCAACGCGGCGGUGAGCCUGGUGUGGGGCGUGAAUCACAGCCAGGGCGUCGCGGCGACGCAGGAGAUCGCCGACGUCGCGGACGGCGAGGACGCGGCGGAGUUCCGGCUCGUCGCGGGCCCCGGGGGCGUCAAGAAGGGCGACGAGAUCACCUUGUGUUAUCACACGGCCUUGUGGGCGGAGGAGUGGGAUUGGACGUACGGGUUCGUGCCCCCGGAGGCCGUGCCUGACCAGCGGCCGCGGCUGCCUGGGCGGCCGACGUGGUUUGUCCAGUACCAUGUCACAGGCCCUGCGAGGCGGCGCAAAGAACGAGAACGAAAGAGGAAGAAAGAUGAGCGACGGAGGAUCGCUGAGAGGCUCAGGGAGGUGGCUGCGCGUACGCGGGGAUGA